GAAUCAGAGAGGGAAUAUUACUAAAAAAAAAAAAAAGAGUUGGCUAUACAAGUUCAGUUUGUUCCAAGGAGAGAUUCAGGCUACAACUAUAAAUGUGGACGUACUCAGCAUAUAAAUAGCAUUUAAGGUCAUGACUGAAUGAGAUCAUCAAAGGAAUUAGAGCAGACUGUAAAGAAGAGUAGUCCAGGAACUGACCCUGAGCGUGCCAGUGUUUAAAAGUCAGGGAGUUAAAUAGGGAACAGCUGAAGAGACCGAGGGGUCUGGCCAGUGAAAUAGGAGGGAAACAAGGAGAAUAAGAAACUCCUUAUUGGCUCCAUCAAGUCAAGAGGAAGACUGUUUGGAUUGAACUCAGGGCCUGUGCUUGGAUCUUCUGCCUAUUAAACAAGAAAACGAAAAACCCCUUUUGGAAACCAUGGAUGCAUUUGAGAAAGUGAGAACAAAAUUAGAAACACAGCCCCAAGAAGAAUAUGAAAUCAUCAAUGCUGAGGUUAAACAUGGUGGUUUUGUUUAUUAUCAAGAAGGUUGCUGCUUGGUUCGUUCUAAAGAUGAAGAAGCAGACAAUGAUAAUUAUGAAGUCUUAUUCAACUUGGAAGAACUUAAAUUAGAUCAGCCCUUCAUUGAUUGUAUCAGAGUUGCUCCAGAUGAGAAAUAUGUGGCUGCCAAGAUAAGAACUGAAGAUUCUGAGGCAUCUACUUGUAUAGUUGUGAAACUUAGUGAUCAGCCUGUAAUGGAAACGUCUUUCCCAAAUGUGUCCAGUUUUGAGUGGGUAAAGGAUGAAGAAGAUGAAGAUGUUUUAUUCUACACCUUCCAAAGGAACCUUCGCUGUCAUGAUGUAUAUCGAGCCACAUUUGGUGAUAACAAACGUAAUGAACGUUUUUAUACAGAAAAAGACCCAAGCUAUUUUGUUUUCCUUUAUCUUACAAAAGAUAGUCGUUUCCUCACCAUAAAUAUCAUGAACAAGACCACUUCUGAAGUGUGGCUGAUAGAUGGCUUGAGCCCUUGGGACCCACCAGUACUUAUCCAGAAGCGCAUACAUGGGGUUCUUUACUACGUUGAACACAGAGAUGAUGAAUUGUACAUUCUCACUAAUGUUGGAGAGCCUACAGAAUUCAAGCUGAUGAGAACAGCGGCUGAUACCCCUGCUAUUAUGAAUUGGGAUUUAUUUUUCACAAUGAAAAGAAAUACCAAAGUUGUAGACUUGGACAUGUUUAAAGAUCACUGUGUUCUAUUUCUGAAGCACAGCAAUCUACUUUAUGUUAAUGUGAUUGGUCUGGCUGAUGAUUCAGUUCGAUCUCUAAAGCUCCCUCCUUGGGCCUGUGGAUUCAUAAUGGAUACAAAUUCUGACCCAAAGAACUGCCCCUUUCAGCUUUGCUCGCCAAUACGACCCCCAAAAUACUACACAUAUAAGUUUGCAGAAGGCAAACUAUUUGAGGAGACUGGGCAUGAAGACCCAAUCACAAAGAGUAGUCGUGUUUUACGUCUAGAAGCCAAAAGCAAGGAUGGAAAAUUGGUGCCAAUGACUGUUUUCCAUAAAACGGACUCUGAAGAUUUGCAGAAGAAACCUCUCUUGGUACAUGUGUAUGGCGCAUACGGAAUGGAUUUAAAAAUGAACUUCAGGCCUGAGAGGCGGGUGUUGGUGGACGAUGGAUGGAUAUUAGCAUAUUGCCAUGUUAGGGGUGGUGGUGAGUUAGGCCUCCAGUGGCAUGCCGAUGGCCGUCUAACUAAAAAACUCAAUGGUCUUGCUGACUUAGAGGCUUGCAUCAAGACGCUUCAUGACCAAGGCUUCUCUCAGCCAAGUCUCACAACCCUGAGUGCUUUCAGUGCUGGAGGGGUGCUUGCAGGAGCAUUGUGUAAUUCUAAUCCAGAGCUGCUGAGAGCUGUGACUUUGGAGGCCCCUUUCUUGGAUGUUCUCAACACCAUGAUGGACACUACACUUCCUCUGACGUUAGAAGAAAUAGAAGAAUGGGGGAAUCCUUCUUCUGAAGAAAAGCAUAAGAACUACAUAAAACGCUACUGUCCCUAUCAAAAUAUUAAACCUCAGCAUUAUCCUUCAAUUCACAUCACAGCUUAUGAAAAUGAUGAACGUGUACCUCUGAAAGGAAUCAUAAACUAUACUGAGAAACUCAAGGAAGCCAUCACAGAACAUGCUAAAGUUACAAGUGAAGGUAGGAGUGUGUCUGGAAACAGACCAGUACCUCAGCAUACUGCUCAGAGUAACGUCUCAUGCUGUAGACCAAACCAUCUGCCCAUGAUUUAGGAUGACUAAUUGUUUUCCUACAUUGACUAUCCAGUUAAAGUAUAUGUAAUUAUAACUGCCUAACCUCUUCUUCAAGGACAAUGUGAAAGUAGGCAGAAAAAACUAAAUCUAAAUAUCAAAUAUAACUUGAAGAUGUACUCAUACAAUCAUCAUUUGUUUAACAGUAUUUAUUGAGACUUAUUCCUAGCCAUCUUUAAAGAGACUUGGGAGUUUUUGCUUUGGAGCCUCAGUGCCCCAACUAGCUGCUAUAAGGUAGUUCUUUUGUUAUCAUUAGAUAACAGCUCUUCCUUUUGCUUUGAAAUUGCAUGCCAAGACAUCUCAGUGCUCAGAAGUAGGUAGGGCCUACCUAUAAGUCACAGCCUCCCUGUACCUAGCUCCAGUUCUCCUUCACACCCAUUGCUAUGUAAGUUGGUGUUUCCAGGGUAUAGGACUCAGGUUUCACAGGGCCAUUGACUCCCUCCUAGUCAUAACCUCCCCUAUGUGGUAUGUCCAUCCAGCUUCACAGAGUCUCUGCUUCCCCUGGUCUAGAAACUUCUGCUGCUUGACCCUGCUCUCUUUGUUGCUAGUAGUGGUGGUGGUGGUACUGCCU